GCAGGAGGGCAAUGGACAACGGCACCAGCGACCCUCACGCGCCUGGACCGCAGCUGAAUGUGGCCGACAUCGUCGUCAUCACUCUGUAUUUUGCCCUGAAUGUGGCCGUGGGCAUUUGGUCCUCAUGUCGGGCCAGCAGGAACACAGUGAGCGGCUACUUCCUGGCGGGCCGAGACAUGGCGUGGUGGCCAAUUGGAGCCUCUCUCUUCGCCAGCAGUGAGGGCUCGGGCCUUUUCAUUGGACUGGCGGGCUCGGGCGCAGCAGGAGGCCUGGCAGUGGCAGGCUUUGAGUGGAAUGCCACAUAUGUUCUCCUGGCACUGGCGUGGGUAUUUGUACCCAUCUACAUCUCUUCAGAGAUUGUCACUAUGCCUGAGUACAUUCAGAAGCGCUUCGGAGGCCAGAGGAUUCGCACAUACCUGUCUGUCCUGUCCCUGCUGCUGUCUGUCUUCACCAAGAUAUCGAUCGACCUGUAUGCGGGGGCCCUCUUUGUGCACAUCUGCCUGGGCUGGAACUUCUACCUGUCCACCAUCCUCAUGCUCAUCAUCACAGCCCUCUACACCAUCGCAGGGGGCCUGGCUGCUGUCAUCUACACGGAUGCCCUGCAAACACUCAUCAUGGUGGCGGGGGCUGUCGUCCUGACUGUCAAAGCUUUCAACCGGAUCGGCGGGUACGGGCAGCUGGCGGAAGCCUACGCCCUGGCUGUCCCGUCCAAGACCGUCCCCAACACGACCUGCCACCUGCCGCGUGCAGACGCCAUGCACAUGUUCCGAGACCCCCACACGGGGGACCUCCCGUGGACCGGGAUGACCUUCGGCCUGACCAUCUUGGCCACCUGGUACUGGUGCACGGACCAGGUCAUCGUUCAGCGGUCACUAUCUGCCCGGGACCUGAACCAUGCCAAGGGGGGCUCCAUCCUGGCCAGCUACCUCAAGAUGCUGCCCAUGGUCCUGAUGAUCAUGCCGGGCAUGAUCAGCCGUGUGCUGUUCCCAGAUGACGUGGGCUGCGUGGUGCCGUCUGAGUGCCUGCGGGCUUGCGGGGCUGAGAUUGGCUGCUCCAACAUCGCCUACCCCAAGCUGGUCAUGGAGCUGAUGCCCACAGGGCUGCGAGGGCUGAUGAUCGCAGUGAUGAUGGCCGCGCUCAUGUCGUCACUGACCUCCAUCUUUAACAGCAGCAGCACACUCUUCACCAUGGACAUCUGGAGGCGGCUGCGGCCCCGUGCCAGUGAGCGGGAGCUGCUGCUUGUGGGACGGCUGGUCAUCGUGGUGCUCAUCGGCGUGAGUGUGGCCUGGAUCCCCAUCCUGCAGGGCUCCAACAGCGGGCAGCUCUUCAUCUACAUGCAGUCAGUGACCAGCUCCCUGGCUCCCCCAGUGACCGCCGUCUUCCUCCUGGGCAUCUUCUGGCAGCGAGCCAAUGAGCAGGGGACCUUCUGGGGUCUGAUGGUGGGGCUGGCUGUGGGUGCCACGAGGAUGGUCCUGGAGUUCCUGCACCCCACCCCGCCCUGCGGCGACCCGGACACGCGACCUGCCAUCCUCAGCAGCUUCCACUACCUGCACUUCGCCAUCGCCCUCUUUGUGCUCAGUGGGGCUGUGGUGCUGGUGGGGAGCCUGCUGACACCACCCCCCCAGAGUGUUCAGACUGAGAAUCUUACGUGGUGGACCCAGGCUCAGGACCCACCCUUGGGAGCCAAAGCAGGUAAUGUCCCAACACCACAGAAACAUGCGUUCUGGGCGCGUGUCUGCUGCUUCAACGCCAUCCUCCUCAUGUGUGUCAACAUCUUCUUCUACGCCUACUUCGCCUGACACUCCCCACCGUGCAGGAAGGCGGGGUCCACUUCCCUCUCUAAUAAGAUUCCCCAGACCCAGCGAGGGGUGGGUGCCCUCACAGCUACAUGGCAGCGAGUCCGUGCCCACGACUGGCCCAGUCAGGAGUCCUUAAAAGCUUGGGGGGUUAUGAGGGAAAAGAAUGUGAUAU